CCGCACGAUAAAAUUUUUACUUCAUUUUUGCACCCCUACCCAAUGACUAGCAGCAAAGGUUACAGAAGACAAACACGCAAAAGGUUCUCACAGCCGUUCCGCAAGCACGGCAUGCCAAAUAUCUCUACGUACCUCACCACAUAUAAACGCGGUGAUUACGUUGACAUAAAGGUAAAUCCUGCCGUGCACAAGGGUAUGCCCCACAAGUAUUACCACGGUUUGACGGGCAAAGUGGCAGUUGUGCACAAGAAUAGCUUGACAGUGCGAUGCACACGCCGAUUCGGUAAUAAGCGAGUGCACCGGAUGGUUGUCUGCAGGGUUGAACACCUCAGAAAGAGCAAGUGUGACAUGGAAUUUAACGAGAGGAGGAAGAUAAACGAUGAAAUGAGAAAACAAGCCGAGGAUGAGAACAGGAUGGUUGGCAGCAUGAAGCGUGUCCAGAAAGGAUCAAGAGAAGAGUUCUUCAUUGGGUUAGAUGGAAAUGAGCCGGUUGAGCUGAAGAAUGAACCUUUCAUUAGCGUUUAUUAAAUUUGCGUAUUGAGUUACUUGUGUGGUUUGCGUGUGUUAUACAGGAGUAAACAUGUUAUCGG